GGUUUUCGGAAACAUCAGAGAAGAGAGAAAAAUCAAAAAAUGUGAUUUUACUUUUGAAAGUGAUUUGUUAUUCUAUAAAAUUGGAUGAACCACGGAUCACCAAUGAUGAUUCGCGGAUUAUUGCUGUAAUCCGCUGACGGAUCCGAUUUGAUCUGAUUAGAAUGAAUUUUGCGGAUUUCUGUUAAAUGAUGAGUUGGCGGGUUCUAAUUCUCCUUCUCUACUUUUCACCCUCAUCAGGUGUUCGUCGUCUCGUGGGAGAAUUCGUCCACAAUGCCGGGACGAAUCUUUCCCACCUGGCGGUGGACGAUUUGUCCGAGCAGAUAUAUGUGGCCGGGACGAAUAUUCUUUACCAGCUGGACGAUAGUCUCAGGGUGAGGCAUCGUGUAGAAACAGGUCCAGUGGAAGACUCCCAUUUGUGUGGUAGCACCGGGUGUGGUACAGAUAAAAUAUAUGAUCUCAACCCUAUACCAAACCACAACAAAUUGUUAGUGCUGGACACCCGGCAUGAGUCCCUGCUAGCUUGUGGAUCAGUGAAACAAGGAACUUGUAAUAAAUAUAAAAUGUCAGAUAUAUCAGAUUCAGUAGAAACAUUGAACCAUGCCGUAGCAGCUAAUAAUGCAGAGGCGUCAACUUUUGGAUUUAUAGGGCCGCAACGGUACAACCCCUGGUCGAAUAGUGAUGUACUGUACGUUGGUACAACAUUUACCACACAUGGAGAAUACAGACACGAUGUACCCGCGAUCUCGGCUCGAAAUCUGUACGAUCUCUCGAUCGCCGAAUACACGUUCUCGAAGCAGUCGCUGAUGAGGAUAGAUGUAAAAUAUCGCGAUCAUUUCCUUGUAGAUUACAGAUACGGGUUCAACUCUUCUACACACGUGUACUUUGUCACAGUUCAGAAGAAAUCCUACCUUCCAGGGGAGGCUGAAUCCGGAUACAUCACUAGAAUAUCAAGAAGUUGUAUAACAGACUCCAACUUUGAUACGUACUCUGAGGUGAGCCUAGAGUGCCGGGUUAAGGGUGAAAAUUACAACCUUCUUCAAGCUGCUGUACUUACAACAGAUCCAAAAGGAGAACAGGUUCUGAUGGGCGCGUUUGCCCCGUCUGUUGGCCCGAGCUCAGAACCCCAGCAAAGAACCGGUUUCUGCGCCUACUCCCAGAAAUAUAUAGAUAAACUGUUUGAUCAGAAUAUUCAUAUGUGCUUCAAUGGAAGCAUGCAGUAUCGGAACCUACCCUAUAUAUCAGGUCCUGUGGAUGAAGGAAACUGCCCCAGUGUUGGGAGUUCAGGAAAUAUUCUCGACUUUUGUGAGACUGCUCUCAAGAUCUCAGGACGAACACCGAUCGGCCAGGAGAUCGGGAUCGAACUACCCAACACACUAGUAUUGAGUAUGAGCGGGGUAGUGGUGGGGAACAGCUUGGUGUCAGUUCUUGGAACUAGUUUAGGAGAGAUCAUCAAGGUACUGGUAUCUAAUGGUGAAGCUAGUGUCGUGGACAGAUUUCAAGCCACUGAUCUUGAGCCAAUUAUUCAAAAUGUACUGCACUGGAACAAGGUUGAUCUGUUCGUGCUGACGCCUCGGCGGAUCCGGAGAAUCAAGAUGGCCGACUGUGGGAAAAUGGAGUUUUGCGGAGAAUGUCUUAGUAAACAGGAUCCUUUCUGCGGAUGGUGUAGUUUAGAAAAUGAAUGUUCUGUUGAAUCUGACUGUUCAAUUCGAAACAAAAAUCCAAAAUGGCUUUCAAUAGGAUCUGCUCACCAAUGUAUCCACCUGGAGAAUAUAUCUCCCUCUGCUAUCUCUGUAUCUGAGAUGACGAACAUCUCUCUCCAGAUAUCUGCUCUACCCGACCUCCCAGCCUCCGACCACUACCUCUGCCUCUACAACGGAAAGACCUCCACCCGUGCCCUCAAGGUGCCCGGGGGGUUGAUCUGCCCGGCCCCAUCUCUUGCCGCCCGUCCUCCCAUCCCCCCAGGAUCAGAUCAUGUGACCAUGAACCUAGCGGUCACCCUACGGAGCACAGUAAAGGAGUUCGUCUCCACGCAGAUCAUGAUUUUCAACUGUGACGCUCGGUCAACCUGUCUGGAGUGCGUCUCGUCCCUGUGGCCCUGCGCGUGGUGCGUGUACGGGAAUAAAUGUUCCAAUAUGGCGUCAGGAGUAGAUAAUUGUAAGGAAGCAAUUGUUUCAUCAGACACUUCAGUUUUUCAGCUUCUACAGGAUAAUCCGUCUCAGCUGAUCUCACGAGGUGAAGAGAACUGCCCACGUGUUGAACUUUCAAAUCAGCUGUUUAUUCCUAACAGUGUUCCCCAGGAACUGAGUUUGACAGUGACUAACCUACCUGAUCUAAGCCAGUAUACUGGAGGAACAAGCUUCAUGUGCGAGGUUGAGAUAGAAGGAGCGAAGUUCCGUGUGCCCGCAACUCUGAGUGGUAACCUAGUGACCUGUGACCGGACCAGCUACAAGUAUGAGGCAGCCGAGGGAAUGCUGAACGCGUCCCUAAGCGUGCUCUGGGACGCGAACCAUGUGGUCGACCGGACGAUUAUAACGUUGUACAAAUGUGGGCUGGUCGGCAGCUAUAAGGGACAUGCGGACUGUUCACUUUGUAUGACGCGUACAGUGGAUUUAGGUUGUGUCUGGUGCGGAUCUGGUUGUGAGUUCACCAGACAGUGUCCUGUAGGACAAUCUGAUGUUUGUCCUCAACCUCGUAUAGAUGUGAUCCGUCCUCUCAGCGGUCCAGUGGACGGUGGGACGGAUAUUGUUAUUGAAGGAAGUAACCUUGCGAUGGGAUUGAACCAGCUCAAGGGUCGAGUUAUGGUCGGGAAUAUACCUUGUGAGGUCACAGAUUACCAGGUAUCUGUCCGUAUCCUGUGUAAGACAGGCCGGGUGGGUCGGGAAGGGGACCUACCAGUUCGGUUACGUGGAGAGAACGGUAUUAUUGAGUCAACUGUCAGAUUCAGAUAUAGAGAUAUCACUCUCAAUAAUAUCACUCCACGCUUCGGACCCAGGUCUGGAGGAACUAUGAUAUCUAUUGAGGGAUUAAACCUGAAUAUUGGGAGCAGUAUUUCUAUAUACCUGGAUAACAUACCGUGUGAAGUCAACCAAAGCCAGGACUGUCGAGGAGUAGGAGUAGGAAGAUCCCCCUGUACAGUUCUAAGCAGUACACAGAUGGAUUGUCCCUCUCCUGCUAUUAUAUCAGCAGGAGAUGCUUUGGUUAUUGGAGGAUUUAACUUAAACCUUGCUGCUGAUGAAUCUGACCUCGAGGUUAGAAUCGGAACUGGACGCUGUAAUGUGACCUCGCUGACCUCAACGCAGAUGUUAUGCAUCCCUCCUCAAGUAGCGCCCUCCCCCCUACACGCCUCCCAUCCGGAGGUUGUUGUUUACGUCGGUAAAAACCUCAAGUUUGAAAUCGGACUUUUGCGGUAUGAAGUUGACUCCGCGUACGGAAUUCCGCCGGAGGUUAUUGGCGGAAUUGGAGCAGCGGCCUGUCUCACGCUCUUUAUUGCGAUCUCCUUCAUGAUUAUCUACAAGCACAAGUCCAGCCAGGCAGAGAGGGAGUACAAGAGGAUCCAGAUCCAGAUGGACACCUUGGAGAACAACGUGAGGAGUGAGUGUAAACAGGCUUUUGCUGAGCUACAAACAGAUAUGACAGAUCUUACAAUGGACUUGGAGGUGCAUAAGGUGCAUAUGAGAAGUAAGUCUGAGCUAGACUCUGCAAUGCUACAGUUUGAAGGGCUGAUAAAUAAUAAAUGGUUCCUUCUCACAUUCAUCGACACACUGGAGAACCAAAAAUCUUUCAGUGUGCGGGAUAAAGUCAGUGUUGCCUCACUUCUCAUGAUCACACUGAUGACCAAGAUGGAAUACUGUACUGAUAUUCUCAGAUGCUUGCUGUUAAAACUGAUAGAGAAAUGGUUAGGAAAUAAACAUCCACAGCUUAUGCUUAGAAGAACAGAGUCUAUUGUUGAGAAGAUGUUAACGAACUGGUUGGCUCUCUGCCUCUACGAUUAUAUGAAGGAUUAUGCUGGAUCUUCACUCUUUGUUCUUUUCAAAGCAAUUAAAUUCCAGAUUGAGAAGGGUCCAGUGGAUGGUAUAACACAUGAUGCUCGCUACUCCCUAUCUGAAGAACGUCUGCUUCGAGAGCAAGUUGUCGCAAAUACGGCACAAUUUAAUCUUGGGAAGNCCGGGGUCGACGAGGUUGACCUAGAGUGGAGAUGUGGUCAGUAUACUCAGCUGGGAACAGCGGGGGGUCAACUUGUCCUACAGGACGUUGAUAUCACCAGUAAAACGGAAACUAAUAAUCUUAGAAGGUUGAACACAUUGGCUCACUACGGUCUGAAAGAGAAAGCUAUAGUUUCCCUUGUUCCUAAACAGAUAGAUUCUCCCAGUCAUCAUAUUUACCAGGCUGUAAGUGUGGUGGGUAGAGAGGGUGUGUACGGUACCGCCUCUCCUGUACAGGGUGGAAGUGUGUACAACUACCCUACACAUUACUCUGCCAGUAACCAGGGUGUAUACAGUCAACAUGGCGGAGCUUAUGGUCAGACCGGCGGAUAUAAUCAGCUAGGCGGCGGAUAUAGCCAACAAGGAGGCGGAUACAACCAACAAGGCGGAAUUUACGGAUAUCCACAGCUGACGCAAGAAAAUUUCUAUCAUUUUGUUAAACCCGAUACACCUCAUCAUAUUCCUUCAGUUGUUCGAUCCCAUAAAUCUAUCCCUGAGAUAUUCCUGACGAGACUGCUAUCAACUAAGGGUACCGUCCAAAAAUUUGUGGAUGAUUUUUUCGGAACCAUCCUAAAAGUGCCUCCCAGCUUCCCGGCGCCGGUCAAAUGGUUGUUUGACCUGCUGGACGAUGCCGCGCUACAGAAUAAUAUUACAAACCCAGAGGUUAGUAUUGGAUUUUGAUAACUUUAAACAAAU